UUAAUUGUCUUGUUUCCAAAAGUGAAUUCUUUGAAAAAGAUAAAAGAGAAGAAUAUUGUAUGUCAACAUUGUUACAUCUUUGAGAAUUCAACAAUGACUAAAGUCAAUUUUCUUGAUCAUCACUUUGCUUGUCUAAUUGCCACCAUUCUCGUACUGACGAUGGGGGCUAAUGCUACUGAUGAUGGUAGAAAGGCAAGUGCAUUUUACCAUAUAAUAUAUGGUUUUUAUUUUUAUUUUCUAUUUUAUGGUUGGUUGUGUCUUAAUUUAAUGAUGGUUCAUGACCAUUGUUAAUGAUGAUGCAGGUCUAUAUAGUCUAUCUGGGAUCCCUUCCACAAGGGGAAUUCUCACCUUUGUCUCAACACCUUAAUAUUCUUGAAGAUGUUCUUGAGGGCAGUUCUUCAAGAGACUCCUUGGUCAGAAGUUAUAAGAGAAGUUUCAAUGGAUUUGCAGCCAAGCUCACUGAAAAAGAACGAGAAAAAUUGUGUAAUAAGGAUGGUGUGGUGUCCAUUUUUCCUAGUAAUCUUCUUCAACUUCAAACAACAAGAUCCUGGGACUUCAUGGGACUCUCUGAAACCAUUGAGCGAAAGCCUGCUGUUGAGAGUGAUGUUAUAGUUGGAGUCAUUGACACUGGAAUUUGGCCUGAAUCACCAAGCUUCAGUGAUGAAGGUUUUGGUCCACCUCCAAAAAAAUGGAAAGGUGUUUGUUCGGGUGGAAAAAAUUUUACUUGCAACAAGAAGGUCAUUGGAGCUCAACUUUACAAUUCACUGAAUGAUCCUGAUGAUUCUGUGAGGGACAGAGAUGGUCAUGGAUCUCACACUGCCUCAACAGCUGCUGGCAACAAAAUAAAGGGAGCAAGCUUUUAUGGGGUGGCAGAGGGAUCUGCAAGAGGAGGGGUUCCCUCUGCAAGGAUUGCUGUAUACAAAGUUUGUUUUCAAUCAGGGUGUGCAGACGCAGACAUAUUGGCUGCCUUCGAUGAUGCUAUUUCCGAUGGGGUUGACAUCAUUUCAGUUUCUCUGGGAAAACGAAGUGCUCCAAAUUUGAAUGAAGACUCAUUGGCAAUUGGCUCUUUUCAUGCCAUGGCCAAAGGUAUUUUAACCUUGAAUUCUGCAGGAAAUGGCGGUCCCAAUACAUAUUCAGUAGGAAGUGUUGCACCAUGGAUGGUCAGCGUAGCCGCAAGCACCACAGACCGCCAAAUCAUAACCAAGGUUGUUCUUGGCAAUGGAACAACUUUAGCUGGUAGUUCAAUUAAUACUUUUGUGUUGAAUGGAACCGAGUUUCCUCUUGUGUAUGGAAAAGAUGCAACCCGGACAUGUGAUGAAUAUGAAGCCCAGCUGUGCUCUGGGGAUUGUUUGGAAAGAAGUUUAGUGGAGGGAAAAAUUAUACUAUGUAGAAGCAUCACAGGAGACAGAGAUGCUCAUGAAGCUGGUGCAGUUGGAUCAAUCUCACAAGAGUUUGAUGUUCCUUCAAUUGUCCCUUUUCCAAUAUCAACAUUAAAUGAGGAAGAAUUUAGAAUGAUUGAAACUUACUACAUUUCCACAAAAAAUCCUAAAGCAAACAUAUUAAAGAGUGAAUCAACCAAAGAUUCUUCUGCUCCUGUAGUGGCUUCAUUUUCAUCAAGAGGGCCAAAUACUAUCAUACCUGAGAUUUUGAAGCCAGAUAUAACAGCCCCAGGAGUAGAUAUUUUGGCAGCAUAUUCCCCUGUUGCUCCAGUUACUGAUGAAGCUGAAGAUAAAAGGUCAGUCAAAUACACCAUAUUAUCAGGAACAUCCAUGUCUUGCCCCCAUGUUGCUGGAAUUGCUGCUUAUAUCAAAACCUUCCAUCCCGACUGGUCUCCUUCAGCCAUCCAAUCUGCUCUUAUAACUACAGCUUGGCCCAUGAAUGGUACCACAUAUGAUGAUGGUGAACUCGCGUUUGGAUCUGGGCAUGUUGAUCCAGUAAAAGCUGUAAGUCCAGGUUUAGUGUAUGAAGCCCUUAAGGCUGACUACAUAAACAUGAUGUGCAGCAUGGGCUAUGAUACAAAGACAGUGAGACUCGUCUCAGGAGACAACAGCAGUUGUCCUAAAGACACUAAAGGUUCCCCAAAAGAUCUUAAUUAUCCUUCGAUGGCAGUUAAAGUUGAAGAAACAAAAUCCUUCAAAGUUGAAUUUCCAAGGACAGUAACAAAUUUUGGGAGUGCAAAUUCUACAUAUAAAGCUACAGUCAUCAACACAAAUUCCCAUAUCAAGGUCCAAGUGAAUCCUGACAUCCUAUCUUUCAAGUUAGAAAAAGAGAAGAAAUCUUUUGUUGUGACUGUUGUUGGACAAGGACUCGACUCAAUUGAGGCACCAAUAGCAGCUGCAUCACUGGUGUGGUCUGAUGGCACUCAUAGUGUGAGAAGUCCCAUCGUAGCCUACAUUGAUAGGAAUAUUGGUUAAUCAAAUCCUAAUUGCAACGUUGAAUUGUUUCUCUUGACAUCUAUAUUCGUAUUUCUCUUCUUAAAUGUUAGUUUCCUUUGUUAAGUACAAUUCAGUUAGUAGCUUUUGUUAGUAAGCUAGAUUUGUUAGUUAUAUAUAGUUUGACAAUUUUGUCAUGACCGCGGAAGUUUUGAUGCAAACUUCGUUAAUCAAGAACAGAAUGA